AUGCACUCUUAUUGCAGCCAGGUGGCCAAAAACUAUCAAUGCAUCCUGGCCCUCGUGUUUGCCAUUAAUGAGAUCAACAAGGAUCCGGCACUCCUCCCCAACAUCACGCUGGGCUUCCGCAUCUUUGAGGACACCCGCUUUGCAACAAUGGCCUACCAGGCAGGCCUGUCAUUUCUCUCCACAGGAGACCAAAUUGUGCCUAACUACAGAUGCAACAGACGGGAGAAGCUGCUCUCUGUCACUGGAAGUCUCUACUCCAGAAUCUCAGUGCAGAUGGCCUCCCUCUUGGGCCUCUUCAAGAUCCCACAGAACUGUACAGAGAAGGAGGACAUUGAGACCCUCCCACCUUUUCUAUUUGAAAUGAGCAUGACUGGGAACAGCUAUAAUGUUUACAAUGCAGUCUAUUCCGUAGCACAUGCCCUGCAUGCCAUGUACACCUUUGCAUCAAGACGUGCAACGAUGGGGAAUGGCAAGAGGCUUCUGGAUGUUCAGCCAUGGCAGAUUCUUGCCUCUUUGAGGAGCAUCCAGUUCAACAACAGUGCUGGCGAGGAAGUGUUUUUCACUGGAAAUGAGAAGAGAUCAGCUGGCUAUGAUAUUCUGAACUUGGUCUUUUUCUCAAAUCAAUCUUCAGCUCAAGUGAAAGUUGGGAGAAUUGAUCCUAGGGCUCCCCCAGACAAAGAUUUCAUCAUUAAUGCCGAUUCAAUUGUUUGGGCUACCCAGAAGCUACCCUCUUCCAGGUGUGUGGAGAGCUGCCUGCCAGGGUACAGCAGAAAAGUUCUAGAAGGAAAGCCUCCUUGUUGUUAUGAAUGUCAACUUUGUCCAGAAGGGAUGAUUUCUAACCAUAUAGAUGCUGACCGUUGUGUCCCGUGUUCAAAGGAUCAAUAUCCAAACAAGAACAAAGUUAAAUGUAUCUCCAAGAACAUAAGCUUUCUUUCCUAUCAAGAGAUUUUGGGGACGGUGUUGGCUUCUCUUGCUCUUUUGCUGUCUCUGAUCACAGCCCUAGUCCUGGCAACCGUCAUUACAUAUCGAGGCACACCAAUUGUCAAAGCCAACAACAGAGAACUCACCUAUGUCCUCCUCAUCUCCCUCCUGCUCUGCUUCCUUUCCUCCUUCCUCUUCAUUGGUCGACCUACAAGGGUCACCUGCCUUCUGAGACAAAUUGGGUUUACGAUAAACUUCACUGUUGCCAUUUCCUCCAUCUUGGCCAAAACAAUCAUGGUGGUUGUGGCCUUCUUAGCCACUAAGCCGGGAAACAGGACCAGAGAACUGUUGGGGAGAAAAGGAGUAAACUCCAUUUUACUGGCCUGUCCCCUCUUCCAAAUUUUGAUCUCUACCAUUUGGCUAGGAACCACUCCCCCAUUCCCCAACUUGGAGUUCCAUUCCUUGGCCAAGGAGAUCAUAGUGGAGUGUAAUGAGGGAUCAGUCAUCAUGUUUUACACAGUCCUGGGAUGCAUGGGAUUUUUGGCCCUGGUCAGUUUUGUGAUGUCUUUCCUAGCCAGGAAACUCCCUGACAGCUUUAAUGAAGCCAAGUUUAUCACCUUCAGCAUGCUGGUCUUCUGCAGCGUGUGGGUCUCCUUCAUACCCACCUACCUGAGCACGAAAGGGAAGGCUAUGGUGGCUGUGGAGGUCUUCUCCAUUUUGGCCUCUGGUGCUGGUCUCCUGGGUUGCAUCUUCCUUCCCAAAUGCUACAUUAUUUUUCUGAGGCCUGAUCUCAAUCAAAGAGAUCACCUCCUAAGGAACAAGAAAUUGAGGAAUCUAAACCGUUGA